UAGGUAUCACAUACAUUUGCGUUCCUUUUCCCUGUUUUGUCACGCCUGCUCGUCCGCUCAAAGCAGCCUACCAACCUUCAGCUCUGGAUAGACAACACACAUUCACUCAGAAAUAAACAGACAAUGCAUUUGGUCUUGCCAAGGACUCUCCACAGGACAAAGAGUUCUGCUCAUCUGCUUAGAAGACUCUUCUCCCAAAAGUACUUACCUACUUUAACGCUUUUUACCAAGGAUCCAUGCCCAUUGUGUGAUGAAGCAAAAGAAGUCCUUGAACCAUACAAACACAGGUAUAUUUUUCUGCAGGUAGAUAUCACACUGCCGGAGAACAAAGUUUGGUGGGACAGAUACAAAUACGACAUCCCAGUCUUCCAUCUGAAUGGACAGUUUCUAAUGAUGCACAGAGUUAGCACUUCACUCCUGGAGAAACGGUUGGCUGAAGUGGAUGAAGAACAACAAUAAAAUGACUUUGCAAUAGUAUAGCCUACUUAAAGAUAGAAUCCAGGUCACCCCACCUGUGUUUUGGUAAAGAGCUGAGUGAUGGGCACUAUAACCACGCUCAAAUUCAUGGACAGAGCUAUGGAUGCAAGGUCAGACCAUGCAUGAUAUCAAAAUUAUAGUUUUAACCAUUUUUUGAAGCUAUUCAGUAUUUGUUUGCAUUUACAUUGUUUACAAUUAUUGGAGUAAAACAAGCUUGUAUUUUGGGUUCUCAUGGAGUGUGACAGUUGAACAAAGCUCAUUAGGCAUUUAUAAGUUAUAUUCUUAAAAACGUAAUGGAUAUAUAUAUAUAUAUAUAUAUCAUUAUUUUAUAGGUCCAAAAAUUAAAGUAGCAACUAAGCAUUCCAUCUUUAAAUAUACAGUUAGGCCUACUGGCUCCCGAGUGGCGCAGCAGUCUAAGGCACUUAAUCUCAGUGCAAGAGGUGUCACUACAGUCCCUGGUUCAAUUCCAGGCUGUAUCACAUCCGGCCAUGAUUGGGAGUACUAUAGGGCGGCGCACAAUUGACCCGGGGUAGGCCGUUGUUUUAAAUAAGAAUUUGUUCUUAACUGACUUGCCUAGUUAAAUAAAGGUUAAAUAAAAAAUAAUAUGUAGGCUAUUUUUUAUUUGACUGAAAUAAAUAUAGGCCUAUCAUUUUCUUAAGUGAAAUGCAUGCUUAUGGUGAUGAUUAUCUUUUGUCAUGAAAUUUUAAAUAUCAAAAAGACAACCUUACAUUGGAUGAAUAAUAACCAAGUACCGGUAAUUGAUUUGAAAGUGAAAGUUCCUGGAUAGACCACCAGGAUGUGCCACGGUACCCGAGAUCAUCAUUCCGCCGAGGACCCUCCCAUUGGUGGCAAGUUUUGUUUCUGCAAUAAUCUGAUUGGAUGGGGGAGACCGUUAUUGUAUGUCUGACUGGCUAGACGGCUUGACUUACCAGCUGACUGGGGGAAGUUGGCGUGGAUCACUGACAUUAAACCAAACGAUUAUUUGAUCA